AUGUUUGCCGCUACGCUCCGACGGUCGUCCAGGAUGAGCUCUACCAUCACCUCCGCCCCUUUCUCAAGGGCUGUGGUCAAUGCCAUGCGCAAGCUCUAUCCCGAGGCGCUGGCCGACAAGAGCUGGGACAACACUGGGCUGCUUCUCGAAGCGCCGUUUGACCCGCUCCGCCGCAACCGGAACUCAGUCCUACUUACCGUUGACCUCACCCGCGCCGUUGCGGACGAGGCAAUUGAACAGAAUGCGUCCAUAGUAGUAGCCUACCAUCCAAUCAUCUUCAGAGGCCUCAAGUCCUUGACCCUCGCCAAUAGCCAGCAGCAGUCUCUGCUUCGCUUGGCUGCGAGCGGAAUCAGCGUCUACUGUCCCCACACAGCCGUGGAUGCCGCGCCUGGCGGGCUCGGAGACUGGCUUGCAGACAUUGUCACAGGGAACCCGACCGACGCUUCGGAGCAAUCGUCGAUCAAAAGCACCCAACCGUCACCUCUCCCGACAGCUUCAUCAGAGCAAGCCGAUCCGUUUGUGGAGAAGAGAUCGCUGUAUAUGUUGCGGCAUCACCCUUCGCAGAGCGGAAGCUCUCUGCGUAUCAAUGAUCUCAGACUUGGAAAGACGGCGCACACCCGCCAGGUUAUUACUCCUGUGACCAACGUGCCGGGACUCGAUGGCGCUGGCAUGGGCCGCAUCGUGCGCUUCCAGACACCUCAACCGCUCACUUCCAUAAUCGAGCGCAUCGGCCAAGGCUUGGGAGACCCCAAAGGAUUCCCCAUCGCCAUCCCUCAAGGAAGCUCGGUCGACGAGAUCAAAGUGUCGAGCAUAGGCAUAUGCGCCGGCAGCGGUGGCUCGCUCUUCUCGGGCAUUGACGUAGAUUUGCUCUUCACUGGCGAGCUGUCCCACCAUGAGGCGCUUGCCGCCAUAGAGAAGGGCCAGGUUGUCAUCACUCUGUUCCAUUCGAACACCGAAAGGGGCUACCUUCAUAGCGUCAUGAGGGACCAAUUGCUGGAAGCAAUCGGAGAUGAGUGGGAGUACCUCAGGGCGGAAGAGAAGGGAAAGCCCAACCUAGCCGACAAGGAGCUCGAGGCACUCUGCGACGAGUCGAUUAUAGUGGAAGUGAGCGAGAGGGACAGAGACCCCUAUGGCAUCAUCAUUGCCCAGGAGCCGUGA